AGCCCGGGCUGAGCGCUUGCCGGGUGUCAUGGCGGCCUGCAGGCCUUGCUGCUCGUGCCUCCAGCUCCGGCCACUGGGCCGUGGUCCCCUCCGUCUGCCAGGGCGGGGUCGGACACUCACCCAGUUGCAGGUGCGAGCACUAUGGGACGGCGCGGGGUCGCGAACCGUGGCCGUGGACUUAGGCAGCAGAAAAUUAGAAAUAUCCUCUGGAAAACUGGCCAGAUUUGCAGAUGGCUCUGCUAUAGUACAGUCAGGUGACACUGCAGUGAUGGUCACAGCGGUCAGUAAAACAAAACCUUCACCUUCCCAGUUCAUGCCUUUGGUGGUUGACUAUAGACAGAAGGCUGCUGCAGCAGGUAGAAUUCCCACAAACUAUCUUAGAAGAGAGAUUGGAUCUUCUGAUAAAGAAAUUCUUACAAGUCGAGUAAUAGAUCGUUCAAUUAGACCUCUCUUUCCAGCAGGCUACUUUUAUGAUACACAGAUCCUUUGUAAUCUGUUAGCAGUAGAUGGUGUUAAUGAACCUGAUGUCCUAGCAAUUAAUGGUGCUUCUGUAGCCCUCUCAUUAUCAGAUAUUCCUUGGAAUGGACCUAUUGGGGCAGUACGAAUAGGAAUGAUCGAUGGAGAAUGUAUUGUUAACCCAACACGAAAAGAAAUGUCUUCCAGUACUUUAAAUUUAGUGGUUACUGGAGCACCUAAAAGUCAGAUUGUCAUGUUGGAAGCCUCUGCAGAGAAUAUUUUACAGCAGGACUUUUGCCAUGCUAUCAAAGUGGGAGUAAAAUAUACACAACAAAUAAUUCAGGGCAUCCAGCAGUUGGUAAAAGAAAUUGGUGUUGCCAAGAGGACACCUCAGAAGUUAUUUGUCCCUUUGCCAGAGAUUGUGAAACAUGCUCAUAAACUCGCCAUGGAAAAACUCUACGCAGUUUUUACAGAUCAUGAACAUGAUAAAAUUUCCAGAGAUGAAGCUGUUAACAAGAUUAGAUUAGAUACAGAGGAACAACUAAAAGAAAAAUUUCCAGAAGUUGAUUCCUAUGAAAUAAUAGAAUCCUUCAAUGUUGCUGCAAAGGAUGUUUUUAGAAGUAUUAUUUUGAAUGAAUACAAAAGGUGCGAUGGUCGAGAUUUGACUUCACUUAGGAAUAUAAAUUGUGAGGUAGAUAUGUUUAAAAUUCUUCAUGGAUCAUCAUUAUUUCAAAGGGGACAAACACAGGUGCUUUGUACUGUUACAUUUGAUUCAUUAGAAUCCAGCAUUAAGUCAGACCGAAUUAUAACAGCUAUAAAUGGGAUAAAAGAUAAAAAUUUCAUGCUUCACUAUGAGUUUCCUCCCUAUGCAACUAAUGAAAUUGGCAAAGUCACUGGUGUAAACAGAAGAGAACUUGGGCACGGUGCUCUUGCUGAGAGAGCUUUGUAUCCUGUUAUUCCUAAAGAUUUUCCUUUCACCAUAAGAGUCACAUCUGAAGUACUAGAGUCAAAUGGAUCAUCUUCUAUGGCAUCUGCAUGCGGUGGAAGUUUAGCUUUAAUGGAUGCAGGAGUUCCAAUUUCAUCUGCUGUCGCAGGUGUGGCAAUAGGAUUGGUCACCAAAAACAAUCCUGACAAGGGUGAAAUAGAAGAUUAUCGUUUGCUGACAGAUAUUCUGGGGAUUGAAGAUUACCAUGGUGACAUGGAUUUCAAGAUAGCCGGCACUACUAAGGGAAUAACUGCAUUACAGGCUGACAUUAAAUUACCUGGAAUACCAAUAAAAAUUGUAAUGGAGGCCAUUCAGCAAGCCUCAGCGGCAAAGAAGGAGAUAUUACAGAUUAUGAACAAAACUAUUUCAAAACCUCGAGCAUCUAGAAAAGAAAAUGGACCUGUUGUAGAAACUGUUCAGGUUCCAUUAUCAAAACGAGCAAAAUUUAUUGGACCAGGUGGAUAUCAUUUAAAAAAACUUCAGGCUGAAACAGGAGUAACUAUUAGUCAGGUGGAUGAAGAAACAUUUUCUAUAUUUGCACCAACACCCAGUGCCAUGCAUGAAGCAAGAGACUUCAUUACCGAAAUCUGCAAAGAUGAUCAAGAGCAGCAAUUAGAAUUUGGAGCAGUAUAUACCGCCACAAUAACUGAAAUCAGAGACACUGGAGUAAUGGUUAAACUAUAUCCAAAUAUGACUGCAGUACUACUUCAUAACACACAACUUGAUCAACGAAAGAUUAAACAUCCCACUGCUUUAGGAUUAGAAGUUGGCCAAGAAAUUCAGGUGAAAUACUUUGGACGUGAUCCAGCUGAUGGAAGAAUGAGGCUUUCUCGUAAAGUGCUCCAGUCUCCAGCUACAACAGUUGUCAAAACUUUAAAUGACAGAAGCAGUAUUGUAAUGGGAGAAUCUAUUUCAUAGUCAUCAUUUAAUUCUUCCCGGUGACUUUUUUUUUUUUUAAGAAUUCUAGAGUGAUAUUCUGUAUAGCAAAAUUUCAGUAGUAUCUUCUAAUGUGUAGAUUUAUAUAUAAUAUAAAUAUAUUCUAAUUUGUAUUAAA